AUGACUCUGACCACUGAUGAGAUGCCCCAGUGCAACACCUGCUGCCAGGACCAGGUCCAGACUGAGAGUAAACAGCAGGACAUUGGAGAAUUGAUUGCACAACUUUUGCUUAGACAAAAUAAGCACAUUCCUGGUUCUCUGUCCUGUGGAGCAUUCGAAGAACCAACAAAGGUUAGAGUGGCGGGACCACAAGGAUCAAAGAGGAAAGUGGCCCCAGACAUGAGGUCCAUGGAGAAAGGGGAAGGGGCCCCUCCCCUCGCCAAAGCAGAAGCUUCUUUAGAGGAAGCACCUCCAGAGUCUUCCUCAAUAAAGGCUUCAGAGUCAUUGGUGGAACAAAACUUAUCCACAGUCUCAAGACUUUCCGAGCUGGAGUCGAACACUGAGGAACGGGAAGGUGGGAUCCUAACUUGGUGUGUAUCAGCCUGGGACACACAGGCCGCAGUCUCAGAGACCCGGGUGGCAAAGGCUCAGGCCUGGGAGACCCAUGCUUUGGAGGCUCAGGUAAGAGGUGGCCCACAACCUAAGCCCAGAGCCACAAAAGAAGCGACUGUGACAAUCUCAGAGGAGACAAGAUAUAUGAGCAGGGAAGAGAGUGACGUUUUCCUUCCCCGUCAGCUCUGGUCCAGCAAGCUUAAGUUCAUCCUGGUCAUGGUGAGCUACCUGCUGAUGCCGAUUCAGCUCUGGCGCUUUGUCUCACAGUGGCUUCACAAAGGAGGCUGCAGCUUUCUUAUAAUGUACACCAUAAUGUUGUUCUGGAUUGGAAUUCCUCUGCUCUUCCUGGAGAUGGCCGUUGGCCAGAGGGUACAGCGUGCCAGCAUUGACCUGUGGAAGACCCUGGGUCCCUGGUUUGGUGGACUGGGAUACAGCACUUUCUUGGUGUACUUCAUCACCAACACCUACACGAAUCUGUUUAAUUCCUGGAUCUUCUUCUACAUGAGCCACAUAUUCUACUUCACUGUUCCAUGGCAGCACUGUCCCUUUCAAAGGAACUCCAGUAGCUUUGAUCCCGAAUGUGAGCAGGCAACAUCCUACACGUACUUUUGGUACCGGCAGACCCUGAAAGCCUCAGACAGAAUAGAGGACGGAGGGCCUCUAGCUUUCAACCUGGGCAUAUGCCUCUUUCUGGCUUGGUGUCUCGUUUGUGUUUUCAUGAUGAAUGGGAUCAAGUCCUUUGAGAAGGUUCUGAACGUCCUGGUGCUACUUCCCUAUCUCAUCAUCUUCUGCUUCUUCUUCCGGACUCUGCCCAUGGAGGGCACAGUAUAUGGGCUGAAACACCUGCUGGUUCUCAAGGUGGCAAGCAUUUACGACCCAAUCGUGUGGUCCCAAGCAGGGGUCCAGGUCAUGUUAGACAUGGGCCUAGGCUUUGGGCCCAUCGUCUACUUGUCCUCAUACAUGCCUGACUUCAACAACUGUCUGGGGGACGCCUUCCUUAUGGUCCUGAUCAAGAUGCUCACCUUGCUGUUCAUCAUGCCUGUCAUCCUCUCAGUCCUGGGCUUCUGGGCCACCAUAACCACACAUCGCUGCUGUGAGAACAGGAGUGUCAACAAGCUGGUCGAUCUGAUAAUCAAAGGUGUGCUGUCCCAGGCUGCCUGGCCUCCCCAAGGCAUCAUUCAUAAACCUCCAGUAGAAUACAUGGACUGGAUCAGUCAGCUCCCCAGUCAGCUCCAGGCGGAUGUGGUCCGUUUCUCCCCACCCUGCAGCAUCCUGGUACAGAAGGAAAAGUUCAUGGAGGGCCCUGGCCUGGCAUACGUGGCCUUCUCUCAAGUCAUCUCGCUGUUUCCUGGCUCCUCUUUCUGGGCCAUCAUCUUUUUCAUUGCCCUUGUCAUCAUGGGUCUGGCCACACUGACAACGCUCCUGGAGAGUAUUGUGCUUCCUCUGCAGAGAAACAUCCCAACCUUCGAGAAGUAUCCCAAGCUGAUACCAGGUACAAAAGCCCCUACCUUGUAA